AUGCAAACUGUCAAUGAAAGUGGAACAUUGAGAAAAGAGGCCGGCGAAUCAUUAGAGAAAGUGCGUGCUGCAACGACCGAAGCCAAAGCUUUGGCGAAGAAGGAGAUGCUGAAGGCUGCAAAGGCGAAACUGCAGCUGGAGGAUGAUCCUGGAGAGAUGGCGGUGGCCAAAGCUCGACAAUUGCUGGAGGUCGUUGAAGAAAAGGCGGAGCCCUUCAUUGGAAUUCCCAAAGGCAAAGAUGAAGGUGAGAUGCAAUGGCUGGCCAAGGAGCUCGAGCCGAUGAUUGAAGGUGUUGACGAAGCCAUCGAAUCUGCCAAGUCUGAAGUCGUCUCUCAUCCACUGAAGAUGGAGAUUGAGAUCGAAGAAGAGAUCAAAGAGGACAUCAAGGAAUACCUCAAAGAUGAGGCAAAGAAGCUGCAGAUGUCGUUGGGGCAGUUCAGCAGACGAACGCAACGAGUUCGAAACUUAGUGGCCAACUACCAGAAAGACCUGCAGGAUGCCAAGAGUAAGGAGCUGAUUGCAGAGCUAAAGCCGCAGAUUGUGGAGCAGGUGAAGGCAGUGAACGUUGAUGAUGCAGCCGCAGAGGUGACGACUCUAAUCAAGGAGGCGGAAGUGCUGUCAGAAAAAGUCCGAAUUAUGGGAAGCAUGUCCAUGGAGGAUCUUCAGGUUGCUGCCAAAGAGAUUGAUGCCAAAGUCGCGGAAGCAGCAGAUGGCCUGGAAGGUUUCCAGCAGCAGAUCUGCCCUGUGGAGGACCACAUCACUGAAGAUGUGGACGAGAAGGUGAAGCAGACCUUGCGAAAGCACAUCCUUGGUGAGUUCAAAGGACUCCGGCAAAAGGUCGACUUCUUCCAGAAUCGCGUCAAACGAGUCAAGGGCAUCCUGGACAAAUGCCAUUCCCAGAUCAGACAAAAAGAUGGCCUGAGACUCAAAGGUGUGCGGACGAAGGUUCUGGGACUGAUGGAUGUCUUCCGAGAGGACCAAGCCGGCAAAGGGUUGGAAGGACUUCCAUCCAAGGACAUCUUCGGAAUGCUAGACAGAGACAAGGAUGGUCUUAUCGGAAAGGAAGAAUUUCUCUUUUUCUUUGAUGACGUGGCGCAGCUUUUAGAGGAGAAUCAGGAAAGCCUGCGCACAUCCACAGAGGACUUGGAGAAGCUUUUCGACUUUGGCCUCAGGGAUGGGCAUGAGGGCCUUUCCUUUGAAGCCUUCGAGCGCUUGCUGAUUCGAUUUGUUCAGGUGGUGCGGCCAACGGUGAUGACGCAACAACUUACCCUGCCUGGGGAGGCGGUGCGGGAGGUCAAGCCCAACGAGAUCUUGGAAGUUCUUGCAGGACCACAGGUUACGGCGAAGAUGAAGCGUGUCUACUGCAGAUCCAAGGAUGGUGCCAUCGGCUGGGUCACGGUCAUUGGAAACGUUGGAAGCUUCUUCGUAAAAGACUUUCAGCCAGAGUGA